AUGCCACCAAAAGUCGACGUACCGACAGGCCCACCCCUAUCACAAGAACAGUGCCUCCUGUUUCGACUACCACCCGAACUAAGAAACUAUAUCUACGAAAUUGCACUCGAAGUUGACGAAGAUUACGAUGGCGAGGUCGUUCUGAGACGACAGCUCGACAGCAGUCACAAGACCGUGUUGAAUCUGCUCGGCGUGUGUCGCUUGAUCAAUCAAGAGGCCGCAGGCAUAUUCUACUCUCAACACAAAAUCGCCAUCCCUUCGAACAUCCUCUGCGCCAACAGCGACUACGGACAACGUUCUCCUGGCCUCAUAUCAACACUCAGCCGACUACGCCUCAAAGGUCUCCGCGAUCUAACCGUGGGCUGUCACGGCGGGUUCGAAAACGGACUCGAGCGCGUCACAUCCGCCUGCAAUCGCUUGAGGUCGCUGCCGGCUUUGCAGACGCUGUGCUUCCGGUUGGUGGACCCCAACAGAAUCCACCAGUGGGAGAUGAGGGUGGAGGUGGAGAUUCCGUUUCUGAAGAGAGCGGUGAGGAAGUUGGGUUCGGUGAAGGAGUUGAGGUUUGAGAUUGAGGAGCCGAGUGAUCGAGAAGUGUUUAUGGAGCGGUUGGAUGCGGUGGUGGCGAUGCUGCCGCAUAAUGCUCGAAGGAUAGAACAGCAUGUUGGUGGCGAGAGCGUGCUACGUUCUGAGGCGGCUGUGGAAGGAGAUGGCUUGCCAUGA